CUAUCAAAGAAUUGAGGAUAAUGUUUUUUUGCCUACAAACAAUAUUGAUCUAGAAAUGCCUCCUCAUGAUAUUUUUGGCGGAUUGGAAUUUUCAUUCCCACAAGAUCGUUAUCAUCCGACGUUUCAUUCGACAGUAAUUCCGGAAGUCGUUGUUCCUCUUCCAAUGCCUCAUUUGCCUCUUCCAAUACGACGAAGGCGGAGACGGAGACGAAAUCGGAGACGAAAUCGGAGACAAAAUCGAAGAAGAUCCAGAGUUAUAUAA